UGUCACCAGCGUGGCCGGGGGUGCCUCCGUGGAUGACGGCUGCGCCAGGGCGAGAAGGCUGGCCAAGUCGCCUCAGAGAGGUAGACCCGGAGCCAGGCGCCCGCGCUGCAAGCCAAUGGCUGAGUGUGAAGGGUGUUCCGCUGCGUCAGCGAGGCCCGAACCGCCCUUGGGAGGAGGAGCCCCCGACUCCAAGGCGGCGUGGCGGUGGGAGCGCACGCGGCCUCGCUUCCCGUCCAGGGGCGCUGAGCACCCCGCGCCCGCCGGCCGUGGAGGGCAUCGCGGGUGGCUAGCUAGCUGUGGCUCCGGGCCGUUCGCUCUUCUGCGGCCCCCGCAGUAGGAGCGGAAGGGGCGGGGACGCCGGUGCCGCCGAGGCGCGCCGGGGGGCAAGGUCCGCGGCCCCGGGGCCGGCGAGGCGGCCUCCUGCGCGCAGCCGCGCCGCACCGCGCGGGCCGGGGGCGGGGCCCGGCCGGGUCGAGGGGCGGGGACGGGCUCCGGGCCCGCCUCCGGCAGCUCCCCGGAGCCGCGGAGCUCGCGGCACCCCAACGAUUCUGGGGGGCUCCAGUCAGAGGCGCCACCCUAGAGACCCUGGGCCGGCGUUGGGCGCAGCUGCCUCCGCGCGUUUGCCUGUCGGUCCCUGUGUCUGUCUCCGAGCUUGCCUCCGCUUCCACACCUAACCCGCCCGGACGCCUUCAUCCCGCGAGCCCUCGGGCCUCUUCAUGGCAGGCUACGUGCCCCCCACGGGCUAUGCGCCUUCACCCCCACCUCCCUAUCCCGUGACCCCUGGGUACCCGGAGCCCGCCCUGCAUCCUGGACCGGGGCAGGUGCCGGUGCCUCCCCAGGUGCCUGCCCCAGCGCCCGGAUUUGCCCUCUACCCUUCCCCAAGCCCUGUGGCCCUAGGGCCUGCUGCCUCCUAUGUGCCAUUGCCCGGGGUGCCUGCUGGCCUGGAAUUCCUGGUGCAGAUUGAUCAGAUCUUGAUUCACCAGAAGGCUGAGCGAGCGGAAACGUUCUUAGGCUGGGAGACCUGUAACCGGUAUGAACUGCGUUCCGGGGCCGGGCAGCCCUUGGGCCAAGCGGCCGAGGAGAGCAACUGCUGUGCCCGCCUGUGCUGCGGCGCCCGGAGGCCGCUGCGCGUGCGCCUGGCCGACCCCGGGGACCGCGAAGUGCUGCGCCUGGUCCGCCCACUGCACUGUGGCUGCUGCGGCUGCUGUCCCUGUGGUCUGCAGGAGAUGGAGGUACAGUCUCCACCAGGCACAACCAUUGGCCAUGUGCAGCAGACCUGGCAUCCCUUCCUGCCUAAGUUCUCCAUCCAGGACGCCGACCGCCACACAGUCUUGCGGGUAGUAGGACCCUGCUGGAGCUGCGGCUGCGGCACAGACACCAACUUUGAGGUGAAGACCAAGGACGAAUCCCGCAGCGUCGGCCGCAUCAGCAAGCAGUGGGGGGGGCUGCUCCGAGAAGCCCUCACAGACGAGGAUGACUUCGGCCUGCAGUUCCCCCUGGAUCUGGAUGUGAAGGUGAAGGCCGUGCUGCUGGGAGCCACGUUUCUCAUUGACUACAUGUUCUAUGAAAAGCGAGGAGGCACUGGGCCCUCUGCCGUCACCAGUUAGAGGCUGUGACAGGACCCCCUCGUCCCCAGCAGAACUGAAGAUGGUCGCGGGCCUCGCUGGGCCUCACCCUGCUGAGCAGUACUCCCUUUCCUCCACAUGCACUGUAGGGGGACACAGAGGCUGGGGUCUUGCGUCCCCACUCUCCUCCCUCCCGCCCCCGCUUCCCUGGCCUUCUGUGCCUGGGGCUCUCCCAAAAGCAUAUAUAUGAGGACCCAUGCCUGCCCCGCCCACCACUCCCUCCCAGCACCCAGGCUAUCUGGCUUCCAACUGUCCUCCUCACUCCAGCCCCCUCCCAGAGCAUCUGUUCCAAAGAAGGCUUUUGACACUUGAGGACUCGAGUUUUACAACAAGGGCCAGGCCGGGGAAGGCAGACAUGGCGUCCCUCUCCUACGUCAGCUUGGCUAGUUAGCUCAGCCUCGGACCCUGGCCCUUGGAGGAG